AUGACUGGGAUCAGAUUUGCCACGCAAGAAGUUUUGAACUCGCGCCUGGCGCCAUUCCGCCCUAUCGUUGGGAGACAUCGUCCACAGCGAGAAAAGUCACAAGUCGAUAAUGAGCAUGAUACAAAGAUCAUACCAGCCAUCCAGCUGCAUCCAGACGGGUUUGGGUAUGAUCAAGACGACACAGACCUAGGAUGGCUGGUCGAACGAGACGGCGUUCGGUCAAAUCGCCUCAACAGUUUGCCCGAAAACGUCUCUGAUCCCCACACCAUGCGUCUCUCUACUCUGACGGCCACCCUGGCCGUAGCGGCAACUACCGCCCUAGCCGACGGUCUCAUCAAGCUCGAUUACAUCCAAGUCGAACCCGUUCAGAACCUGACCAAUUCUUCGGGGACUAUCCUAGCUAAACCGGUGGUCGCUUGGUAUUCUAUCCCUUAUGCCGCCCCGCCACUAGGUGACUUGAGGUUCAAGAAACCUCAACCCCCGACGGUAGGAAGGGGAAAGAAGAAUGGGACGGGAUUGGAGACGCUGGCACUCAAGGAUUAUGGACCUUGGUGUAGACAAGGACCGGCGAAUAAGGGGGAGUCGGAGGAUUGUUUGACGCUUUCCAUCUUCCGACCUCAAGGGAUCCCGAAUGAGAAGUUGCCCGUGGUUAUCUGGGUACCGGGAGGCGCUUUCAACACCGGAGGUGGCAAAGGCUUGAACGUCCCCUCGUUCGUGGGGAACGCUCCUGAUAACUUCAUCGGAGUGUCUAUCAAUUACCGAGUACGAUAUCGAUCGCUUCUUACUCGGCUUGGAGCUCUAGGUGGAAUCCCAUCCACAAUCGGCUAUAACGAAGGGGCCAUCAACUUGGGUCUGCAAGAUCAGAAGAUGGCGUUCGAGUGGGUUCAGCAGUAUAUUGAGGCUUUUGGAGGGGAUCCUGAGCGGGUUACUCUCUUCGGUGAAUCUGCUGGAGCCCACUCGGUAGGCGCUCACCUGCAACACGCCUGGCCCGAGAACGAACGUCCGUUCAGCAAGGUCAUUAUGAACUCUGGUGGUCCCGCCGCUCGAGCCUGGCCCAACUGGACAUACCCGCUGUACGAACAACAAGCUGGCGAGUUUUUCAACUUGACCGGAUGUGCGUCCGAUUUCGCUACGGGGGAAAAGGAAGGGUGGCAAUGUUUGAGGGAGUUGGACGUGGAGAGGGUCGUCAACGCCAGCGUGACCCUCUUCCGACGAUACAGCCCAUCGAUCACUUGGCCUUUCCAACCCGUCAUCGAUGGCGAGUACGUCAAACAGGCCCCGUCCGAGUCUUGGGAACAAGGGAGGUUCGAGAGGGUGCCCGUCUUGACCGGCUACAAUACCGACGAAGGGACGGGCUUCGUUCCCAGGGGGAUGAACACGACGCAAGAGUUCAGAGCGUUCUGGAGGACGCUGUUCCCGCUAGCCACCGAAGCGCAGUUAGACCAUAUCGAGGAGAUCUACCCGGACCCGAUCGCUUUCCCCGAUGGAGGGUACAAGGAGACGCCUUUCGGGGUCCAGUUCUCUAGGGUCGCCGCUGCGUACGGCGAUUACGCAUACAUCUCGACCGUUAGGCAGAACGCGUUGGAGGUAGCUAGGUUCGGGGGCCAGGUCUGGAAGUAUCACUUCAACAAGAUCGUUGCAACCGACCCGGAAGCACGUAAACUCGGUGUCGCACACGCUUCAGAGCUAUCUUCGGUCGUCGGAGUGGCGAAGAGUGAGACAGGAAGCAAGAUGAUCGGGUAUUAUUCUUCUUUCAUCACCACCGGUAAUCCCAAUCGUGACGGCUUCCCCGAAUGGCCCGCCUACGCGCUCGACGCCCAAAAGCAGAUCUUGUUCGGUGAGAACUCGGUCGAGGUGGAAGAAGAUGCGAUGAGGAGGGGAGAGUUGGAUUGGUGGUUGAGCGUGCCGGAGAUCGCGCCCCACUGAUCGUGCUGAUUGUGGGUGAUUAAAGGGAAAGACAGG